UGAGCGCGCCAGCCGCCGCCAUGCGCUGGGCCUGGGCCGCUGCGGUGGCCCUGCUCUGGCCACCGCUGCUCGGGGGCGUUGGGGCCCGGCGGGAGCACAAGAGGCCGCGCCCCGCGCCCCCGAAUGCCACAGUGUCCAGCGGCGCGUCCCCCAAGUUCCCCGAGGCCUCUGCAUCUGAGUUCUCAGCUGCCCACACAACAUGGCUGAACUUUGUUCGCCGGCCAGACGACGUGGUCUUGAAAAAACGUUGCCGUGGCCGGGACAAGAAGUCGCGAGGUCUCUCUGGGCCCCCCGGGCCCCCCGGCCCCGCUGGGCCCCCGGGGCCCCCCGGUGCUCUGGUCACCCAGGACGCUCUGAUGCAGGAGUUCCAGCGGCUACUGAAAGAAGCCACCGAGCGCCGGUUCUCGGGGCUGCUGGGCCCGUGGCUGUCCGAGGGGCCAGCCGGGCGGCUGGUGGAAGAGGCCUUUCACUGCCGGCUGCGUGGCCCUGUGCAGGUGGACAAGAGGACCCUGGCAGAGCUGCAAGGUUUCCAGGCCCCUGCGGCCCAGGGCUCCUUCCUGCGGGGUUCCGGCUUGAGCCUGGCCUCGGGCCGUUUCACCGCUCCAGUGGCUGCCAUCUUCCAGUUCUCUGCCAGCCUGCACGUGGACCCCCGGGAGCUGCAGGGCCGGGCUCGGCUACGGGCACGGGACAUGGUGCGCGUGCUCAUCUGCAUCGAGUCCCUGUGCCACCACCACACGUCCCUGGAGGCCAUCUCAGGCCUGGAGAGCAGCGGCCGGGCCUUCACGGUGCAUGUCCAGGGGCUGCUGCAGCUGCAGGCUGGACAGUACGCCUCCGUGUUCGUGGAUAACGGCUCUGGGGCGGCCCUUACCGUCCACGGCGGCUCCAGCUUCUCCGGCUUGCUCUUGGGCGUGUGA